AUGGAAAUACGUCAAGCUGAAAGAAAUCACUCCAAUGUUAUCGAAUUGGGUUCCUCUCUAUCUCCGAAUUCUAACCUGAGUUCAUGGCUCUCACCUUCUGGCCACUUCGCCUUUGGUUUCUAUCCACAAGGCAACGGCUUCGCUGUUGGGAUACAGCUUGUUAAUGAUCCUAGUCUGACUAAGGCUGAGCAAAGCAUAGUCGUCUGGACUGCACAGCGAGAUGGUCCGCUUGUCUCCUCCAACUCUAUGCUACUGCUAACAAGAGACGGUCUGCUUCUUCAAACUGAGCAAGGCAAACAAGUACCCAUUACCGGAAAUUUGUCAAUAAAGGCACGUUCAGCUGCUAUGCUUGAUUAUGGAAACUUUGUAGUCUAUGAUCAUCGUUCUCAGGUUAUCUGGCAGAGCUUUGAUUCCCCAACUGAUACCAUAUUGGGAGGUCAAAAUCUGAAUUCUGGCAUGGAUUUGGUAUCUAGUGUGUCUUCCACCAACCACUCUAGUGGACGAUAUUGGCUGAAGAUGCAGGCUGAUGGCAACCUCGUUUCUUACCAGAUAAAUAUCACCACUCCAGAAGCUUCUUAUUGGAAUUCCAACACUAACGGUGACAUGAAGCUCAGUCUGACAGUACGGGGGUUUCUCGUUUUGCUUCCUGAAACUGGUACAGGUUCUGCACAUCCCUUGGCAACUGGCUCAGAUGACCCCCGCAAUAACAGAACUAUUAUCUACCGUGCAACGCUGGAUGCUGAUGGGAUUUUCAGAUUGUACUUGCACAAUUACUCUGUGAUGAGCCGCAGGUCAAGAGUGUUGAUUGUUUGGUCCAAUUUGCAUGACCAAUGUGAAGUCAGAGGUGUCUGUGGCUUCAACAGUUACUGUGCACUCAUAUUUGGAAAGACAAACAAAACUGACUGUCAUUGUUAUCCCGGUUUUGUAAUCAACCCCAAUGAUGAGUUUCGGGGCUGCUAUAAGAACGGUAGUGACGAUGGCUGCACUGGCAAUGAAAACCAAAGGCUGCGGUACAACAUGGCUUCCAUAGACCAUAUAUUAUGGCCAGGUGACCAUCCUUAUUCAGUGGUGCGAUUAGAGAAGCUACAAGUUUGCAGCGACUCUUGCCUGGAAGACUGUAGUUGUAAGGCAGUACUGUAUAUUAAUGGCAGUUGCAACAAAUACAAGCUACCACUUCGAUAUGGUAGAACAAGCCCAGGUAUAUCAGCCACAGGAUUCAUCAAGGUAGCUGCAACACACAAUCUGCAGUUACAUAAUCCAACGGCUACCGGAAAUUCGACAUUGGUGAAAUAUGAAACCAAGAAUAGUCGUGGCUUGAUUGUAAUUCUUGCUGUGAGUCUGGGUUGUAUUGCAUGUAUAUGUUUUGCCUUUGCAGUCUCCAGUUUCACCAUAUACGUUUACCGACUUAAGAGGUACAAGAAGCUGUUGGAUCAUACCAAAGUGGGAUUGGCUGAAGAGUUGUUCAGUUUACAAUCGUUUUCGUACUCUAAGCUUGAAGACGUAACUCAUGGUUUUAAGGACGAGCUAGGAAGGGGCACUUUUGGAGCUGUUUACAAAGGAACUCUGUCAACUAGUAACAAAGUAGUUGCGGUUAAAAGGCUCGAGAAAGUUGUGGAAGAAGGAGUGAGGGAAUUCAAAGCUGAAAUCACUACUAUUGGACGAACUCAUCACAGAAACUUGGUUCAGUUGCUUGGUUUCUGUAUCGAAGGCUCCCGAAAGCUUCUUGUAUAUGAAUACAUGAGCAAUGGCUCGCUUGCACAUCUUCUUUUUAAUAAAGCCGUGCCUGUGCGCCCUUCCUGGAGAGAGAGAGUAGGAAUUGUGUUGGAUGUGGCUAAAGCAGUGCUCUAUUUACAUGAAGAGUGCGGUGUGCGUAUCAUACACUGCAAUUUGAAACCCCAAAACAUACUUCUGGAUCAUACUUGGACUGCCAAGAUCUCUGAUUUCGGUUUGGCGAGGCUGCUAAUUCCAAAUGAUCAAACAGAGAUAGCUAUUGGAGGUGAACAGAGAAGCGGUUACUUGGCACCAGAAUGGCAGAAGAACGCCCUGAUAUCAGUAAAAUCAGACAUCUAUAGUUUCGGUAUUGUACUUUUGGAGACUGUAUGCUGCAGAAAAAACAUAGAGCUAAAAGUUUCAGCUCCAGAUGAGAUGAUUCUUUCUAGUUGGGCAUAUAAAUGCUUUAAGGCCGGAGAAGUAUAUAAGCUUGUGGAAGAUGAUGAUCAAAAUGUAGAUUUGAAGACAUUAGAGAGAAUGAUUAAAGUGGGGCUGUGGUGUGUUCAGGACGACCCAGGUUUGCGUCCCCUCAUGAAGAACGUAAUCUUGAUGUUGGAAGGGACAACGGAUAUACCAGUCCCUCCAUCUCCAGAGCUUCCCAAGCCUGUUGACUUUUGA